UGUCUUUUGAAAGCUUUUAAAAAACACGCCAUGUAUCCGUUAUAGUGUCAGAGAGUGUGAAUACAGUGUAAAAAAGCAGUCAAAAUUUACAAAAAGAUUUAUUUUGAGUGGAGAACUUAACUUUGGAUAAUACCUUAAAUAAACUUAACUUUUAGUUGAAAAAAACUAUGUUAAUUUGUUAAUUUGUAGAUAAUGUUAUUAAUUUUUAUGACAAUAUAUAAGUGGAUGUGAUUUUAAGGAACUAAGGAUUUAAAAGUAUUUCGUACAUUGUAUUUUGCAAUACAAAUAAAAAUCCAUUAUGGAUGGUUUGGACGCUCCGCAAUGGACUGAUUUUACUUCAAGUCCCCAGAUGUCAGACGAUUUUUUUAUUCGACAACAUCCAGAGCAUGAAUUAGAAUAUAAUGCACGUUUUAAGCAAAAUCGCUUAAAAUACAAAGAGAAACCACUAUUUUUAACUGAUGAUGAGAGUGCUUUUGAUACUGUUUUGGAUAAAGUGCAAAUUACUCCAGUAAAAGUUCUUUCACCAAAUAAAAACAAUAAAGAUGAUAAAGUGCAGAAGGAAACAACCGUUGGCAAUCUUUUACUCGAGGCAAUGAACAAUCUUGAACUUUCAACAAAGAAAAAACGUUUAAAUCAAAGUAUGGCGAAUUCAUCGAUAAAUAAAACUCCACAAUUGACUGAUAAAAGAAUUACCAGAUCAAUGAAGGCGAGUAUGAAUUUUGAGAAUAUUUCCCAAGAAACAUCCUCGAAGGUGAAAUUAAAUGAAUCGCAAGUAGAAACACCGCGUAAGAAGAUUGUAAAAAAUAUUCUCAACGAAGUGUCAAAAAUUGAAUCUACAACAACAACAAUAAAAAUACAAAACGUUCAGGAACAAUCGAUGGAACCGCAAAUAAUGACUGAACCUGAAGCAGAUGGUAAUUUACUACCCGACAUUAUUGUGACAUCUAAUUUAUCAAAAACUGAUAAUAAACAUACUGAUAAUUCAAAAGAAGAGGAAACACAAACUGUAGUGGAAACUGUCAUUGAAACAAAAAUUUCUUAUCAAACGAGUAAUUUUGAUGAACCAACAACUUCAAAAUCAACACAAGAAAUCGACGAAAUUGACUCAACAUUAAAUGACUCAAAACUGAAACCCAGUAAAUUUGUUACAUCCUGGUCAAAACCGAAUAUGAAAAAAUUCAACGAUUUAAAAGAGACGAAAAAAUUGACAAACCCAGCACCCAAGAAGCGUAUUCAAGUGGUGGCAAAUUCAAUCCGAAGAAAAAGUAUUCUCAAACUAAAAUCCAACGAUCAAUAUAAAUCAAUGGCAGAAUCGGUUUCUAAAUUCCAAAAAGAAACUCCAAAACGCUUCCAUUCGGUCUCCACAAAAACUAACAAACCCCAAACAACAAAACAGCCAGCAAUGAAAAUUACACGUCCCGUCUCUCCAAAUUUAACAUCAAAAAAUCGAAUCCGACCAAUUAGGGUUCAAGAUAAGACACAAAAUCCAACGAUUAAAAAAUUACACAACGGACCAAUUAAGGCGGAUCCAAAAGCAAUUUCAAUUCAACCGGCUAAAUUCCAAAAACCGAAAAAAAUCGAAACCUACGAAUCGAAAAAGGGACAUUUCUCAUCAACCGAAUCCCUAUCAUCAACAUCGCAAAUUCACGAAACUACAGCUUCGCACUCAAAACUCGAUCAUUCGGUCCAAAAGAAACUCGUCCCAACAAUUGUUUCGACCGACGACGCCAAACUCGCCGUCAAAGAAGUCGAAAUCGGCCACUUUGGAAUACCCACCGACACGAAUCAUAAACCGAAAAAAUUCACCCGCGCCACUCCAUUUAGUUUCGAAACCCGCAACAAGGAAUUACAGCAAAAGAAAGAACUCGACGCGAAAAGAAAGCAACUACAGGAAUUGGAAAAAAAAGAUGCGAAAGAUACUAAAGAAUUUCUCAAAAAGAAAAUAACACCGUUAAAAAAUCACCGCGAAGUAUCAUCAGCGAAAAAAACAACUCCUCGACCAUUUAGUUUCGAACAACGGGACAAGCAGCUAAUCAAAAAGAAAGAGGAUCUCCUCAAAGAAACCAUCGAGAAAGAAAAAAAAGUACGUGAAUUUCACGCCAAUCCCCUACCACAAUUUCGUCCCGUCAUCGUUCGUGGUAGAUCCCGCGAAAAUCUCCGCUCCACCGAGAAAACACCAGAGAAAAAUCAUCAAAAACCAACAACAAUUCCAAAAGUAUGUACAAUUAAAAAAUCCCUCUUCCCUCAAAAAUUUACCAACGAUCAAGAAAAUCAGCCCAACGCUAAACUAACAAGAGGAAUAUCGAGUGAAAAAUUACACCCAAAUAAUCAAAUAAAAAAAACAGUUCUCGGUGAAUUGAUAUUAAAUACCGAUAAAAGGGCACGUGAGAGAAAAGAAUAUGAGGAUCGUGUGAGAAUGAAGGAACUCCAGGAGGAGGAGAUGCGUAAGAAACAAGAGGAGGAACGUUUAAUUCGUGAGAAAGCGGAAAUUGCCGAAUUAAGGAAAAUGACAGAAACAAAGGCAAGACCAGUGCCAAAAUUUAAACCAUUGGCCAUUAUAAAGUCGACAAAAAUAUUAACUGAUCCACAAAGUCCCGCCUGGGCUUACAAGCAUAAAAAAUUCUAAGUACUUUUUAUUUUAUUUUUUGCUUUAUUUUUGAUAUUGUUUUUUUAUAAAAAUUUAAAGAAAAAAAAACACUAUAAUAUUGCAUUAUAAAUAAAGGUUUAAAUAAAAUUUAAUCUAAUGAGAAAAAAGAAAUGCAAAAAAAAAAUUUUGAUCGUUAUUUAGUGUAAUUUUUAAAUAAGGUGUAAUAUUAAGUACUAAUAUAAUAAUUACAAUAUGAAAGUGUAUUCACAAAAUUAGGGUAUUUGUCCAUAAAAUAAAAUGUUUUUAUAAAUAUUAA